AUGCACACGACGCCAGCUCGAGGCGCCGUCGCCCGACUGGCGCCGCUCGCGCCCUCCUCCACCUCGGCCGCAUCCACCCUCACCACCGUGCCUCGCCGCCCCUUGGCCUCGCACCGUCGCCACGACGCUACCGCCUCGAGCUCCUCCACGGCAGCAAAGCUUCCGUCUUCGUCGCGCUCGCUCAUCACGCUCUCUCGUUCGGCCGUGCGCACCUCCUCGUCGGGCCGCAUUGCUAGGCCCGUGUGCGCCACGUGUGGCGAUGCUCCGCGCACCUUCUCCUCCUCUGCCGUCCAGAGCGCAUCGGCAAAGGACCCCUACUCGGUGCUCGGCGUCAAGAAGGAUGCUGACGUCAAGGACAUCAAGCGCGCCUACUACGGUCUCGCCAAAAAGUACCACCCGGACACCAACAAGGAGAAGGGGUCCAAGGAACGCUUUGUAGAGAUCCAGAACGCUUACGACCUGCUCAGCGACGACAAGAAGCGCGCCGCCUACGAUCAGUACGGCACCACCGACGGUCAGCCUGGCUUCGACCCCUUUGGAGGCGGAGGCUCGUCGCCGUUUGGUGCCGGCGGCUUCGGUGGCUUCCAGGACUUUGGUGGCUUCUCCAACGCCGGCAAUGCCGGAUCCAUCUUUGAGAGCCUUUUCGGUGCGUUUGGCGGCGGCGCGCGGCCGGGACAGCGCGGUCCGGGCUUUGGUGGGGCGGGAUUCGCCGGCGAGGCGCGCGGCGAGGAUCUCGAGACCACGGUCAACCUCACGUUCGAAGAGGCGUGCAAGGGCACCAAGCGCAAGGUGGUCAUCAACCCCAUCGAGCGCUGCGGCUCCUGCACGGGCUCGGGACUCAAGGCGGGCGCCAAGAAGAGCACCUGUGGCACGUGCAACGGCACGGGCACGCGCACCUUUGUCAUUCAGAGCGGCUUCCAGAUGGCCACUACCUGUCCGUCGUGCGGCGGCGCCGGCGCAACCGUGGCUCCGGGCGACAGCUGCAAUACGUGCGACGGUGUCGGAAGGAUUCGAGGACGCAAGGAGGUUGAGAUCGAGCUGCCCGCCGGUGUUGACGAUGGCUUCCGCAUCCGCAAAGAUGGCUUUGGCGAUGUGCCGCUCUCGGGUGCCGGCACGCCCGGGUCGCUGUAUGUGCGCAUCAACGUUUCGCCCUCGCGCAUCUGGAGACGACAGGGCUCGACGCUCUUCUUCCCGGCCACGAUUCCAUUCCAUACGGCAGUGUUGGGUGGCAAGGUGCGUGUACCCACGCUGGAUGGGCCUGUCGAGGUGCGCGUGCCCGCAGGAACGCAGGUGGGCGAAGAGAUGAUCCUGCCCGGGCGUGGUGUGCCCUCGCCCACGCGCAGGGGGCAGAAGGGCGACCUGAUGGUGCAGUUCGAAGUGAGCAUGCCACGAUCGCUCACAAAGCGCCAGCGCGAGAUCCUCCAGCAGUAUGCCGACGAGGUCGAGGGUCGUGCAUCCACCGCAUCCACCGCAUCGACCGCCUCGCAGGGGGCGGCUAGCAGCAAGACCAAGGCGGACAACUCGACGGCGUCAGCAGGCGGCAAGGAGUCGCCAAAGGCAUCGUCGGAUGCUACAUCCAAUGCCAACUCGACGGCGAGUGGCAAGGCUGCAUCCACAGCUUCGACAGGUUCAUCCAAGCAGGCGAAAAAGAGUGCUGCAGGUAGGUUCUCCAUCCAUCCAUCGUCUCGGUCCGACGAUACGACUACACACGGCUCCGCAUCGCCUUCACCAGCGUCUGAGACGCCAAGUGGCUCGACGGUGGAAUCUGCGGAGACGACCGAGUCGCAUAGGGGGUUGCUGGGUCGCACUUGGGACUGGAUGACCGGGCGCAAGUGA